AUGCGUCAGAUGUCGCUCGCGAAAGACGCGUUAGGCUCCGAGGGUGACCCUGGCAAACCUCCCUGUGUAAAAUGCUUUCGAGAGGGUGCCGAGUGUGUUCUCGCAGAUUCCCACAGAGGGGGUGACUAUUCACGUUAUAGACGUCCACGACGGACCACCCAUAGUAGACAACCAGUAGCAGCACUUUCAAUAUCUUCGAGCGACCAUAUAUCCCCACGACAGAACAACACCAGUAAGACCACAGAAGAUGGAGUUCACGACAAGUUACAGAAUCCUAGUGACGCUUUACUGGUGCUUGCACAUGCUGCCGGCCAGCCUGACGAUGGAGUCGGCUCAGAUAAUAAUCAACAUCCGCCUGAUGGAUACGAGGGCCUCACGCAUGUGACAGAGGUAUCACCACUAGCCUUGUCAAUGCAAACACCUCAACUUAGCGGUUCACUGCCGCAACCAGUCAGCGAAGCAACAUUCGAUGAUUACCCUUUAAUCAGUGAUGGGUCUUUUGAUGCGGUCCUCCUUAUAGAGUUAUUGAGAUAUUAUGCGGAUAAUUACCACCACUUCUUCCCUCUAGUCCCAGCAAACGUUUUGAGACCAGAGCACAUCCUCGACACAAUAAGAAAUGAAUCAUUUCUUCUAACCGCCAUCCUCAUCGUUUCCUCGAGAGAUCGCAAAGAUCUUACCGAAACCCACCAUUCCAUCUGGGAGUACAUGAAAAGCCUUAUCCUAAAAGUAGUUCUAGGAAAGAAAUGUGUCCGCAAAGUCGGGUCUGUCGAAGGAUUACUACUCCUAGGCGAAUGGAGUCUGCACAAUCGAGAUCAAGUCGAUGAUGGUGAUGAAGCUUCUGCCUGGUCAAUCAUUGGUCUAGCCGUAAGACUCGCAUAUUUACUACGCUUAGAGGAUAGUGGCUUCAAGACUGACGAUGCUGAGCUUCAAUCCGUCCAUAGAGAGAGACUUGUUUGGACCUUCACAUAUCUGUCAGACCGUCAGAUAUCUAUCCGAAUGGGACAAGCCUUCUGGUGCAGAGGUCCCGCUCUCUCGGCACGCUUCACUGCUCGAGACUUCCCAGCCUUGCAGCCUACACGUUCUCACGAUGAAGACUUUGCUUCGUUCAUCCAAGCACAAGUCGAAUUGACAACCCUCUUUGGCAACGCACACGACAUCCUUUUUGCGUCGAGGUCUAGGACUGCUGAGCUUAUGAUGCGAGGUGACUACACAAAAUACGUUGAUGAUACGAUGAAGGCCAUGUAUGCGUGGCAGCAUACCUGGACAUCCCUCUCUGUCUCACCCCAUCUAAAAAGUUGCUUGAGCCUCAUGCAAGAAUAUCUGCGUUUAUAUGUAAAUGCCUUUGCCUUUCAAGCUGUCAUCUAUCGCGCUUCUGUCAAGGACUCCAACUCUGAGCCUCCGGAUGGAUCGCGAUCGAGGGGUUCCAAGAUGUUUCCUGACUCUGCAAUGGCCAGCCCUGAUGCGCGACACAUAUACGAAGCCGCAGACGCUGCCGAGGCCUUGAUCAGAAUCGUAACUGAUGAUAUUCAUCCUGAAAAGUAUUUACGUUAUAUGCCAGCUCGCUUUUACCUUUACGAAAUUCACUCUUCUGUCUUCUUAUACAAAGCUCAUGCCUGCGGCGCCAUUUCCUCCGGGAAUCACACCCACAUAACAUCUCUUAUGGAACGCUUCAUCUCAGUUUUGAAAGUUGCUGCUGUCGAUGACAACCAUAUCGCAGCCGCAUAUGCCAAGCUUUUAGACAGACUGUGGUUCAGACGAACGCACGGCUUGUCAAUGAGCAAUGACAUUACGAACAACAAUACCGAGUUGGGCCUAGGAGACCAGGAGGUAACAAAUUCGCCAUCGAAGCUACCGAUAGAUACCAACAUGUCGCAAAUGUCGUUUUUUGACGAUUUUGGCUUUCAACCGCUUGAGUACACCGAUGUUAUGGAUGGGCUUUUCUCAAUUCCAUUCGUUACCUCAUGGGAUCCUACAACGUUUCCAAAUAUCAUAGCUUGA